AUGACCACAUUACCGAAGAAGGUGUCUGGUGGUGAUGGCAGCCUCGAGACAGCUCAUUCAUUUCUCAGUGUCUGGCAUACGGAGUUGUUUGCACUUCUCGUUCUGGAAGCUUUUUCUAUUGAUUUAUCUUUAUACCCUUUAAAGAUGGAGGCUUUACUUGGUCGAAUAAUAUCGUAUUUUUGCUUGUUUACAGCCGAAAGGAUCAAACCCGAUUCAGGUGCCGUGUCCGUUGCGCGAAUUUUCUUUGAACUGGCGCCGCUGACUGCUAUUGAAUGCAUACACAUCUAG